AUGUCACAGUUCCGGAAAGCGUUCAUGGCCGCCGUCGUCAAGAGCUUGCUUCGAGGCAAGUCCCUGAUACAGGCCAUCUUGGCCUUUUGGUUAUCAGGAAACAAGAAGAGCAAGGAAACAAACGGUCAGAAGAAGACUCUCCAGCAGUUCUUAAAGGAUGCCGAGGCUGCACUGGUCGGUCCCAUCAGCGGUGAUGGCCUGCAAGAGAUUUCAGUCAAGUUGAAGGGGCAGAUCCUGGAGGGGCUCAACGCGGAUUUGCAAUGCAUGCUUCCUUCAUACAGCCAUCAACUGCCAUCAGGAUCCGAACGUGGCCAGUACCUGGCCUUGGACGUGGGAGGAUCGACACUGCGAGUUGCCUUGGUUGAGCUGCGAGGACGCGGGGCGGGUUCUGGAAAUGCCACAGAAAUUGUGAGCAUGCAAAACUACAAAAUCACCAAGGAGGUCAAGGAUCUCGAGGGAAUUGCCUUUUUCGAGUGGAUGGCUGCGCGCAUUACGGAAACGAUCCAAAGCACGCUCAAUAAACAACACAGUGCUGAGGAUCCCCUGCCUAUUUCUUUGGCGUGGAGUUUCCCCAUCGAACAAACCUCUCUUGGUGGUGGCAAACUUGCAGCCAUGGGCAAAGGCUUUUUGGCCGAUAUUGGUCUUGUUGGACAAGACCUGGGAGACAUCGUCAGGACCGCAUGCAAGAAUCAAAAUCUCCACGUCGAGCUCAAGGCCAUCCUGAACGACUCGAGUGCCUGUUUGCUAUCACGAGCGUACUCUCACUCGUCGACACGAUUCGGUCUCAUCCUGGGUACCGGUGUCAACAUCGCUGCCUAUCUGCCCGUCUCCUCUAUCGGCCGAGUGAAAUUCGGCGAGCGACCGGCCGGCUGGUUCGAUGAGGCGUCUCACGUCAUCGUCAACACAGAACUCGGCAUGUUUGGGUCCAAGAUCCUACCCCUGACUCGAUGGGACCGACAGCUUCUCAAGGAGCACCCCAGACCUGACUUUCAGCCCUUGGAGUACAUGACUAGCGGCAUGUACCUCGGUGAGAUUGUGCGUGACACCACCACGGACCUAUCACAGGCCAUCAGCGCCUUCACUCAAAAAUACCCUUCAACUCACACUCCUAGUGUUAUUGACAUGAGCGCCAUCAAGGCCAUUGCAUCGUUCGUUUCCGUGCGUUCAAGUGCGCUGAUCGCCUCUGCCGUCUACGCCCUCUGGGAUAUUCGCCUAGAAGGCGAUGAAAAGUUUCUCUCAACCCUGCCCGAGUCCUCUCCUCUUCGAACCAAGGUUCAGGAAGACAUCAAGAUGGAGAUGACUACCGUUGCCUUCAAUGGCAGUGUCAUUGAGCACUAUCCAGGCUACUUGGCUAGUUGCCAACGAUACAUCAACGACUUGAUGGAAAGCAACUCAUCCGGCCAGCCAAAGUCCAUUGAGCUUGUUUCCGCCAAGGAGAGCUCACUGACAGGAGCUGCUGUAGCACUGGCGUGUGUGGACUCAUGAGAAGGAGAAUAAAAUCAACAAAACCGAAAACCAAACCUUCUUUUUCGUGCUUGUCUAAGAGGAAGCGCGUGUGUGCGUGUGUGCGUGUGUGCGUGGGUACGCAAAGACAUGAUACCUGGGAUGAUGUGUUAUGUUUACUGGGAUAUACGGGUAUGCGAAGGUGAUGCAUACGUAGAGGCGCCGGUUUCAGCAUUGCUUCUUUCUAUCUGGCGCCACUGCCGGUGUUUUCUUUUGUUUCUUUUUUUUUUUUUCACCACACACUCUUAUAUUCUGUUUUCUUUUCUCAGUUGUAUGUUUUUGAUUCCUUGUAAUUUUCUGCUACUGUUCUUUAUCUUUUUUUUUUCUUUUUCUUUGUGGGCCAUGGUUAUAGUCUGGAGCAUUUGACGGUACGCUGCUGCAAAGAGCGAAUGUUGCGUCAUGUAGAUUCAAACAGCAACAACAGGUAUAUAUUGCAUUGCAUGUCCUGGAUC